AUGCCUCAACACAAAUCGAAGGUCGCGAAGAAGUCGCGUGACGAAACGGCAGUGGACGAGGAGGAGCCUUACUUUGUCAGCGUGCGAGAUCUUCCCUUCGAUGUCCUGCGCCAGCGCAUCAACCAAUCAGCUGGAGCGGAUAGGCGUGCCGCACGAAAGGAGCUGCUUCUGAAAAUGGGCGCCAAACCAGAGCGCCAGCCUCCCAAAAACUACCGGGUCCUCAUGGAGGAGCGAAAGCAGGCCAAACUCGCCGCCAUCACUGACUACAAAAACGAGCGUUUUAAAAGGACAGUUUUGGAAAGGCAGUUGGGAAAGCACUCAAAAAACAAGAAGCAGAAAAGGAAGGCGCUGAGGAGUGAAAAGGGAAAGAAAAAGAGUUCGUCCAGUGCAAUCACGCGGAUACCGAAUCGUCUGGUGAAGAAGAUUCGACGAAAAAAGUAG